GCAAUUGCAGAAGUUUACAAGAAUGACGGUAACGAGGAGUAUAAGAAGAAGAAUUUUUACGGCGCCAUUUACUUCUACACUGAAGGAAUUGGAAUGAACUGUAAAGAUAAAGAACUGAACGCAAAGCUGUACAGCAACAGGGCGGCGGCACAUUUAAAUUUGGGUGAGAAGUUCUUAUUGUUUGUUAUCGAUGACUUAUGCCCCAAUUCACACCAGCUAAGUAUGUUUAAUUAAACCAGGUUUUCAAAAAUGACGAACAGAUAAGGAAAACUGGAAGACAUGCAGUUUUUCACACAGGAUUCAAAUGAAAUUCAUCAUGUUUUGUGUUAAGUUUGCACUAAAUUUACAACCAACUUAAGUCAGUAAGGAGCUUUCAUGAAGGAAACAGUUUUAAACCGUGUUUUAAUAACUGAACAGCUUUUAAACAUGUUUAAGCUUUGGUGUGAAUGGAUCCUCAGUUAUGUGUGAAUGGGGCCUCAGUUAUUAGUUGUCAGAUUGUAGUGAUGAAGGUUGCCCGGGGAGGUUACUUGGAUUAAUUUUUGCUGGGUUCGCGCCGAGGGCCUCUCAGAACCCCUAUCCCAUUAUGGUCUAUUCUGUGGCCAAAUAAAGAUCCCUUCUCGGUCACUUUUGGGGAAAUGUAAUUUUCGUGAUCCCAACUUAGUAACUUUCUGUUUACGCAUCUACUUUAUAAAGCCUUUCAACUAAGUCACGAUCACCCUGAAAUGAACUGACACAUUGGUUAAACUUUAUGCAAAAAUCUUCCCAUUUUUAAAUCCCUACCUACCUGAUCCCCCAAAUCCCGAAAAUUUGCGAUCCCAUUCUAGUAACUCUAAUAAAAAUGCAAUCCCAUUAUUGUCAAUCCAGCCGUGAAAAUGCGACCCCAUCCAGCGGCACAUUCCCAUUAGCCUAGUACUAGGAAGUACCCCCCGGGGAAAGGUUGGUAGGGUGGGGAGGGUAAGGUAACAUCUAUUGCCUUGCGUUUUGAAACGUUUUCCAUAUAAAGAUUAUUUUCAACGACCACAUCAUAACGCUUUAAACACUAAAAACUAUGGGAAAACAGCAAAACUGCCAAAGAUCAAACUGGAUUUUGCCGCGCGCAGUAGUUUAUAAUUUUUAGGUGCCUUGAUUUCGAUUGGCUUUAACUUUAAGAAACAUUAAUACUAGAGCCAGGAACGCCUGUAAUUUCUAUUGUAGCUUUAAACGGUUUUCAAUUUAGUGUGUGUUUGCUCUAAUAUGUAUUUUUUCUUAUAUAUUUUAAUCUGAAUUCUUAGUUACAGCAACCGGCCCUUUAUAGAGCACACCGGAGGGACCUUGAAUCGGUGUCCUCAUUAGCGAAAGUCCGUUUUAAAUAGCGGGAGUUUAUUUCAGUCAAACAACUAUAAUGUAUUUUUUUGCCUGGGAUUUAGCUGCUGUCCUUAUUUUCGGGGUGUCCGUUAGAACGGGGUGUCUGCAAGGCGAGAGUUGACUGUAUUAGAUUUUUAAUUGUUAGUCAGCAGGACCCCGUUGGUAACAGACCGUUGUGCUGAAGGGUUAUCCUAGAUAAAUUUAGGUUUCUGGGAAACUGCCCACCUACCCCUCCCCUAAGCCAACACUUUGCCUUAAGUGAGGAGUAAGUGUCAAUGUUAGCUUAGGGAAGGGGUAGGUGGGCAGUUUCCCAUAAACCUAAAUUGGUCCUAAAUUAGUUUAUUACUAUAUCACAAGUAGGUUGAAUAACUUAUUAUUAUUAUUAUUAUUAUUAUUAUUAUUAUUAUUAUUAUUAUUAUUAUUAUUAUUAUUAUUAUUAUUAUUAUUAUUAUUUUCAAACUCUCUUUACUGGUAGUGGCUAUGUAACUACGGUCAGGUUAAAGUGGCGCCAAGUAUUCGUCCAGUGCAGGGCCUGCCAUAACGCUAAGUGCUACGCCGAAUUCUUCUGGGCUGUUGUACAUUCAGGGGAGGAUCCAAGUCUUUGUAAGAAGGGUUGGCUGAUACCAAUCGACCACGAAACAAAGCGUUAAGUUUAGUUUGUCCUACAUGGCACCCCUAAAGCGUUAUAAUUGAGGAAAGAUGAAUAGGAACCUGUAACCCCGUAAAUUCUCACAAGUUGACAAAAUAGAAGAAAUAAUUACAUCACCAUCCUAAUCAUGUCUCUCAGUUGUAGUACAAGAUAUCACUAAUGAAACGGAAAUAAAGUGCAAAAUAAACUCUUCUAACAAACAUGUAAGUCGGUCAAAAAAGGUGCUAGCCUCCCAACCCACCAGGGUGGCAGAGGGGAUUUCCGUGACACGUGAUGGGACCCUGAGUAUCAGCGUGAUGUGUGAUCGAGCCCAUAUAAGCCACGUGAAGCGUGACUGGACAUAGCAGUGUGAUGUGUGAUUUACUAUUACUAAGUUUCCUUUGAAAUUUCCUUGAUGGUUAAUUUCGUUUGAAACUAGAAGCAGAGACAUUAAAAAUAGAUAGUUAUCACACCAACUUCUCGUCCUUUUUUUUUUUUCGUUCCUCGACCUCUGAUUUCCUCAGAUCAAAUGAUAAUAGGAUACUUGUAAAUGUAGUUAAUAGCAGGAGCCCAUAACCCGGAGCGUGCAAGUUCAAUGCGCUCGUGUCACGGCGUUUUCACGGACCAGUCCAUUUUCAGAACGGUUUUGGCGCAAAUUUUGAAUAUUUUUCAAAUUCCACAAACCAGUCCAUGAAAUGAAAAAAAAAAGGUCUAUAAAAACGCCGUGACAUAGGCCUAGUAUGGAAGUUGCUCGCUCCGUUUUAUGGGCUCCUGUUAAUAGUUUUAACUAUUAAAAUCUUUUAUUUUUCCGUGGUGCGUGAUAGCUUUGAAAAAAUCGGCAUGCUGUGUGAUAGGUAUCCCCCUUUGCCACCCUGGUCUACCUUCUCUGGCAUUUUGUUUUUCAUUUAAAUUCUUUUCACAGGAAAUUACACUGAAGCAAUAGAUGAUUCAAAAAGUGCCACAGACUUAGAUCAAUCUCUUUCAAAAGCUUUUGGACGAGGUAAUAAUCUCUAAUUAUGUGUACAGACAAUUGGACAUGUAGCGAAACCUUGAAAACUUGAGGAUGUUCAUAUUUUUGCCGUGUUGUAAGCACCACAAUACUACAAAAUUACAGUGUUUAUAUAGGAUGAAGUUCCAACCCAGAAAUUUGAAGGAAAUAAUGAGUAAAAACCCCUGAAACUUGCUCUGCUGUUAGUUGUUGGUAUAGUCUUUAUAAAGUUCACACGCAGUUCCGGGAAAUCUGUUCAAAUUCUUGCUCCAUACAACACACAUGGCCCAGACUCUGUGGGAGUUCGUUAGACUUUGCUAACAACAAGAACUUAAUUAUUGUUAGUACAACUCAAAAUCUUAAAUGUCGAUCGAUAAAACGGCUUCCAAAUGGCUCUAGAAGCCAAGAGACAGUAAAUAGCAAAACAAAAACACAAGGUGAGUCAUUUUAUUUCUGUGUUUGUCAAAAAAUGGAAUUUAGGACAUAUUUUGUUUAUUUCUGUACAUUCUCUUAUAAAUUCGAAGUCUAACGAACUCCCACAGAGUCCGGGCCGCCUGUACAUGCAAGAGUAUUUUCUCGUAUUCAAUUGAGCAGAUUUCCCAAAACUUAAUGUAGACAUUUCAGAUGACAACAACUAUAAAACUGCAGAGCAAGAUUCAGGGACUUAUAGCCGUUAUUUCCAAUAAAUUUGAGGGUCGGAACUUUAUCCCAUGCAAACACUGUAAAUUUGUCUUAUCAUGGUAUCGAUGUGGUAACGUGGAGCCUGGGUUAUAUUACCUGUGUGUUAAAUAGUAACCUGCGAUCCCGAGAAGGCCUGAUCGCAGACUCUAAAUCGUACCGUCGCUUCUUGAACUGAAAAUUUUUUUCAGUCUUGUUAUUUGUAUAAUUGAAAGAUUAUUAAGGUCAACAGAGGAUUACAUGGAGAUACCCUGUCUUCAAAUCCAUUACACCACCGCAGGAGCCCAUAUCCCGGAGGGAACAACUCCCAUACUAUGCCUUAUGUCACGGCGUUUUUAUGGACCAGUUUAUUUUUAGACACAUUUUAGAGCACUUUUUCACGCGAAAAUAGAAUUUCCAUCAUGUCUAUGAGCGCAUUCUAAAUAUAAGAUAUCAAAAGGAAAACUAAAGGCAAAAACACCAUUUUAGGUUUGUAAGUUUUGCUGACUGGUUUGUGGAAAUUAAAAGAUAUUCAAAAUUCGCGCCAAAACCGUUCUAAAAAUAAACCGGUCCGUGAAAACGCUGUGACACGAGCGCAUGGACGUUGCUCGCUCCGCGGGUUAUGGGCUCUUUACCAGCCAUUAUUCGGACAUUACAUAAUUCAAAUCUCUGUUCCAUUGUCGAUUACUGUGCUCAUUCAAUAUAACUAUUGCAAAUCCAUACGUAAAUGUAUUGUGUUAGAUAAAUUUAACUUCAUCAUGGUUUUACAGGAGCAGAAGUCUGCAUUCAGUUGAAAGCAUUUGCCGAGGCCAUCAGCUGGUGUGAUAAGGGAUUAGCCGUAUCUUUUAGCUUCUUUUGUUUACUGCAGCUGAUAGAAAAAUUUUCCUAGGAUCAUUCUUCGUUACAGCUUAAUAUAUCCCCUAUCAACGUUAUUAUUGAUGAUACUAAUAAUCAGUGACCUCGAAUCUUUCUCCUUGAUUUGCUUUGAUGAAAAGUUCUUCGAUAAUCAUUCACAAUCAUUUCAACUGCAAACUGUCGCUAUUGCCUCGAAUCUCUAAAAGGGAGGAUUAGUCACAUGACUAAAGGGGCGCUUGGAAUGGUCACCUGAGCUAAAGAAAAAUGUAAAUAACUUCAAACGUGCGCGAUUGGUUUCUUGUGAUUUUGGCGGUAUUAGCGCAAAAGCCGUAUCCUAUUUAGGCUUGUGUGCGCGUCCCUGUAUUCUUGCAGCGUUCUGUUAGGAUUAAGUUUAGGUGGCCUGGGGACCACACUUAAGAUACGUAGCACAUCUUGCUCCAUGUAAGGUAAUCCCAGGAUUUCAUUCAGUGUCUUCUGGAUUCCAGGAGCAAGAUUCUGGAUUCCUUGUCAGGAGAACUUGGAUUCCGGAUUCGAAUCGUUAACGGAUUUCCGGAUUCCUUGAGCUAAAUUCCAAAGCCCAGGAUUCUAGAUUUCAUAAGAAAAAAUUUCUCAGGUUCAGGAACCCGGGUGACCUUACAAGAGGCGACACAUCUAGGAUCUCACCGGGGAAAGCUGACACUAAGGCAAUCUCUUUGCUUUGUAGUAAUUUGUUUCACAUUUGCUAGCUUUAUUUCCAUUUUAAUAAAAGUUAUUUAACAGUUUAACUUUUAAAAGAUCGACCCGAAUGAUCAGAAGUUGUUGGAAUUGCGGAGCAGAUCAGAGAGAGAACAAAGGAAA